CACGUCCCAUCACCCCACCUGCCGUUUCCCUCUUUCUACCACAUCUAUACCCCAUGCCCAUGAUAUCCCCCACCCUCUCACGGACAUCCUCGACGACUAGUGUUGAGUCGGACGAUGCCGGAAGCAACGCCAGCACCCGCUCAAGACGUACCCGGAAACGCUUUACCAGCGUGCAGCUCAUGAUGCUCGAAAAUCUUUUCCAUCAAACUUCCCACCCGUCGCGGGAGCAGCGCGAUGGUGUAGCAAAAGCUGGUGCAAUGGAGCUUAAGUCCGUCACCAUUUGGUUCCAAAACAAGCGCCAGAUGGAGCGCAAAGGAUCAUUGAAUAAUAUACCAUCUCCCAUCGACGCUGCUGAGGAUGUAGCUCCAGUGACAAAACCUAAGCCGAAAUCCAAACCCAAACCCUACGCGUCGCAGCUCGCGGCGCGUCCAUCACUCGACCAUAUUGCUUCGCGCUCGGAGCGACACCAUGCGCCCAGCACACCGUCUCGGAAGCAAAAUCGCGACGCGUCUCUAUGGGACAACAUGCCCUCUUCACCCCCAGCUCCUCCCACGAGCCCCCCAGAGAAGGAGUACGUGGCUUUCGGCAAGCUUACGCGGAGACAUACCUUGGAGUGGGCAUGUGCGCGUCGCAGGAUGGCAGAGAAGGAGAGGGGAACGGCUGAUGAUGGAGAAGAGACUGAUGAUGCGACCGAUGAAGCUAUCACGCCUCCAAGGGCCUGGAGUAUGACCGAGCCAAGGUGUACGAAGGGACCGGGAGGAAGUAUCGCCGUGCGUCGCCAUGCCGAGCCAGAUGAUGAUAUGUUGCGCGCAGCUCUGGCUCUAUGUCGGUUGGGCCGCGCUGCCUGAGGAAGGAUGCUGCGAAGGACAUUUAGGGUCAGAUAUUCAUAACGUUUCAAGCUUCAAGGCUUUGGAUGUCACAUUUUCGAACCUUGGAUUACAGCCAGAGAUUUAUCAUUAUUCACUUGUAUAAACUGGUGACGACAUUUUCUACGCCUUGUCUUGAAUACUAUCACGAAAAUUUUAUUUAGUAGCCUCCGUAAACCCGAUUCCGGAUAAAUGAAGGUGCGUCGUGGACGAAUCUCGUGUUUUCG